CGCACUUGUUAUAAAGAGUUUCUAUUGUAAAUUCUUUGGUAGUAUUGAGUUCGUCACCAGCCAUGUAUGAGUUAAGGAAUUUUCUCAAAGUGAUUUUUGCAAUUGUUGCCGUUUUUGUUGUUGGGACAGAAUUGAAAAAGUUUACUAAAUGCGAACUUGCAAAGGAGCUAACAGAAAAAGGGGCCAACACAAGUGAUUUGCCUAAAUGGAUUUGCAUAGCUGAACAAGCAAGUAACUUGAAUUCAAAAAACAGUACUCGUUUUAACACUAUGUAUUUCGUCGGUUUAUACAAGAUAUCGAAUGCUCACUGCUCGACGACCAAUGAAACUAGUGGAACGUGCAAUGUGACGUGCCAAACUCUCCGUCAAGACGACAUUACUGAACAGGUGAAGUGUGCUCUAAAACUGAAGGAAGAGUAUGGAUUCCAGUAUUGGAGUACGAUCUGGAACCGAACAUGCCAAUACAAUAAUUAUACGUUGGAUUGCCCCACAUCUUAAGGGACAAAUAUGUCAUUUUUGUCUUACAGUAAUAACAUAUCUAUGUUUCAACUAUGAAGAAAAAUAUGUAAGCUUAUUGCCUGUCAAACUUUGUUUUCUUACAAAAAAGAAAGUUUUUUUA